UUCAGUAAGCUCCUGUUCAGGCGCGGUGAAAUGCAGAGGCAGAGUUAGCCACCGCCACGAUGGAGUCGCAAUACAAGUUUUGUUUGUAUUUUCCUGUCGCCCAAAUAUCGAGUUUAUCAGACGCAGCAAACUACACAACGCUUCCUCAGCGAAAGAACGUCUACCUCGGGGAGACUCUCCAGUUUCUGCUGGUGUUGCGGUUUCGGGGCUUAACGGACAGGGACGAUGGUGCUCUGUCUCGGAAGGACCUGGGGGGUUCUUUGUGCGCUCUGGCGAGCGUGUGCGCCGCGGAGAGCUGGAGGCAGACACCGGCUGAGCAGUGUGACCGCAUGAGCAGCUGCAGUGAAGACAGCGAGGAUGUAGAGUGUAGGACCGCAGAACAGAGCGGAAGAAGACGGGGGGACAAGCAGACCUUCACACAGUGUCACCAACUCCUCAGUCAUAAGUGCUCACCCAGUAGUGCAGCGAUGCACAGCGAGACAGAACAAGCCAAGUCUGCUUGGGUGUUGGAAGACCAGCUUAUCUUCUGUCUCACUGUCUCUUUGGACAAGCUGCCAGUCAGUACACGUAAAGCCAAGAUUGUAGUCACUGUGUGGAAGCAGAUGGAGGAAAAUGCAGAAUUAAGGGAGCUUGGCUACCUGACUCUGCUGCAGUUUAGGAGUCCAACAUGCACCUUCAGACAAGAUCUUAGCACCUUCAAGGCACAAGUCAGCACUACCCUGGAUGUUCUUCCACCUCCCAGUGUCCAGUGUCGACAUAUGACUGUUUCUGGAAAACAUCUGACCGUCCUCAAGGUGAUGAACUGCAGCUCACAGGACAGAAUGUGUGUCAAAGAUGUGAAGAUUCUUCCAAACUAUAACUCGUCUUACCUUCCCAUGAUGCCUGAUGGCUCAGUGCUCGUAGUCGACAAUGUCUGCCACCAGUCAGCAGAGAUCAGCAUGGCUUCAUUCUGUCGGAUAGACAACAAAUCAUCACAUUUACCUUGUAUGCUUAGUGCCCUGGAGGAGCAGACCUUCAUUUUUCAGCUGCAGCUACAAGAGAAAGAAGAACAGCAAUCCAGCAAGGGUUUGGAAGUCCCAUUGUUGGCUGUCCUACAGUGGCACAGUCCAGUACAUCCUGCCAUGAGAUGCAUCUCUACUUGUUACUCGAUACCCAGUGUUCACUUAAAUCGUCCGGAGUUGGUGAUGAUGGCGUCCUGCCCAAGGACCGUCAGGCCUCAACAACACUUCUGGGUGAAAUAUACGCUGCUCAACAAUUUGCAAGAUUUCCUUGCUGUUCGUCUGAUCUGGAAUUCAGAGGGAGGAAGUGAGCAGGAUCCCAGUGUGGGAGCGGUUGUGUGCCAGUCUCCACUCAACAACCUGGGCCAGUGUAAGAAAGGUUCCAUGCUGUCCUUCACUGUGGCCUUCCAGAUUCUCAAAACUGGGAUUUUUGAGCUGAGCCAGCAUAUGAAGUUUACAGCUUCUGUGCCCGCACCGCCCACGGAGCCUCAGUCACCUUUGAAAAACACCUUCGAAGGACGAAGCCUGAGCCGGUUAAAGAGCUUCCCCCACCACCAGCCAUUUUGGUCAGUAAAUCUCAGGUCAGGCGCUAUGGCAGAGCUCCAGACAACAACCUCUCCUGCAGGAACUGUUAAUCGAGCCCCUCACCUGCCCCCCGACCCCAGCUUUGUUUCACUGGUAAAAAUAGCCAAGAGAGAGUGUAAGGUGCUAGUGCUGGAAUGAAUCAAAGAUGUACACAAAAGGUGAUCUGGACUGUGGGAGCUUAUGACAAAAGCAUCACUGUUCUGUGGCUGUGCUUCAACACAGAGCAGCCGUCAGAUCUUUGUCUUCAUGAAGAAGAAGCAGCAGUCCUACUAUAAUAAAUGGUAAAGAUGGAGUCAGUGAAUGAGGAAUGAAAGAUGAGUCAGAGGACUGGUGCUGAUGAGAGUCUGAUGUGAGCUCAGGUCAGUGGAGGGAUACUUCUGUUUGUUACGCUUCUCCCUGAUGACAAAUUCCCUCCAUCACAUCAACAUUUUUAUUUCCUUUAAAGACCUUUUAAAAAUGUUUGUUUUUGCUAAACCUGUUUAACUGUGUAUAACUGUUCAUACACGUCUCUGUUUAUGCUUGAAUCUGUUGGUUUCGCUCGAGUUUCCUUUUAGCAUCAUUGAGUCAGGCUCAAUAGCACAAAGUAAGCUCCAGUAUGUUCAUGUCUCAAAAUGUGGACGUGAUAACAAAACUUUUUACUUUUUACGUUUUUGUAAAGAAAUGUUUUUUGUUUUGUUUUGCAUACUGUGCCAUGUGGCCUUUAUAUGUAACAAUAAAAAUGUAAUUACUCAUUCUAUUUAACAUGUCAAAGGUUUACAGCUGGUUCUUGGCUUCUUGCCUCAAACUUAAAGGAUUUAUGUCUUAAACUAUUCUUAUGUCAGCCUCUAUGGUUUGCACAGAGACUGAUGGGCUAAAAGUUUUGUUUUAUAGUAGGAUCCAGUCAGAGUGUGUCGAGCCCUUGCAGUAGUUACUUACUUACUUUCAGUUUAUCUUUUGAUUUAACUUCUAGCAGCACUGUCUAAUAUUUCAGACCUUCCUGCUGUGAUAUUUGCCCCCUCCUUCAUUUCCUUCUUGUUUUUGAUUUAUUAGACUUGCAUGUUCCAGAUCAUAAAAAGACGAGGAUAACCAGAGUAAAUAUCCCAGCAGCUGAGCUGGCGGGCAGCGCACUCAACUUUGUGAACGUGGACCAAAAAUGGGCCCGAUGCGGCUUAGAAACAGCUGCUUGAUUUUUUUUUACAUAAAAAACAUUAACAAUUAUAAAAUCUGCACUUUAGUUGUGAAUAUAAUUUUUGCUAACACUGAUUUUAUUAAAACUGCUUUUUCUGUGCAGUAGAAAACGAGCGAUACUGUAGGAGGCUGACAG